AUGGAGCUGAGCCCAACGGCAGGCUGGGAGCAGGUCGGCGAUAAAUACUACCGCAAGGUUCAGCUCUACACCGAAGUAUUUGACCUUGACUUGGACCUUGACAAUUAUGUGGUGGCUGGGGCUCCCGACGGCGGUGCCGUAGCCCUUUACCUGGAUGAAAACAAGCUGGUCGAGUAUAGAGCAGGCAAGGCCCGCAAGCCGAGCAUCGACAUUUACAGCUGCGCCGGCAAGCUCAUUCGCAGCAUCAACUGGGACAAGGGCUCUAUCCGGGGUCUGGGCUGGUCCGAGGAUGAGAAGCUGCUCGUGGUCACCAAGGACGGAACCGUACGCUGCUACUACGGCCUGCAGGAGGACUUUACCCAGUUCUCGCUCGGUCACGGUGCCGAGGAGUACGGAGUGCAUUCUUGCAGGUUCUACGAGACCGGCAUGGUGGCAUUGCUGUCCAACAACACACUCGUCACCGUAUCAUCCUACGAAGAGCCGAGACCGAAACCGCUGGUCUCGCCUCCAGAGGGCGAGGUGCACUCGUGGACCAUCAUAGCACCCCGAUACACCCUCUCCCGCUCGGUUGAGGUGCUACUCAGCAUAGGCCAGACCAUCUACGUGACCGAUGCUUCCGAGUGUGAGGACCGCUACCUUGACAUUGGGCCGUUCACCCACAUGGCCGUCUCGCCCAACGGCAAGUUCGCUGCCCUUUACACACCCGCCGGCGAGGUCCACGUCAUCACCUGCGAUUUUCAGACCAGACUGAGCGAGCAUGAUCUCAAGUCCAAGAUCCCACCCAAGUAUCUCCGCUGGUGUGGCAACGACGCCGUCGUAAUCGCCUGGGAGGAUGAGAUCCACCUGGUCGGCCCUGGCGCUGCCGUGGCUACCUUUUUCUACAACGGCCGCAUCCACAUCGUCCAAGAUUUCGACGGCGUGCGUGUCCUGACCAACGAGACGUGCGACUUUCUGCAAAAGGUCCCGGAUGUUACCGAGGAGGUCUUUCGCAUCGGCACUGAAUCCGCGGCCUCCAUACUGCUGGACGCCGUCGAGCAGCUCGAGAUGCAAUCUCCCAAAGCCGACGACAACAUCCAGCUGAUCAGGGCAAACUUGACCGAGGCCGUCGACACGUGCGUCAACGCAGCCGGCCAGGAGUUCAACGUACACUGGCAGAAGCAACUCCUCAAGGCUGCAUCCUUUGGCAAGUCGGUCCUCGACAUCUACAAUAGUGACGACUUUGUUGAUAUGUGCGAAACAUUACGCGUUCUGAACGCCGUUCGCUUCUAUGAGGUCGGUCUUUCUCUAUCGUACGACCAGUACCAGCGGCUAGGCCCUGACCGGCUCAUCGGCCGUCUGCUUGACCGGCACGAAUAUCUCCUUGCACUGCGAAUCGCAGGCUAUCUCCGGCUCCCGACGGACCGCAUCUACGUCCACUGGGCAUGUGCCAAGGUCCGCGUCAGCUCAGACGACGACGACACCAUCGCUCGGGCGGUGGUUGAUAAGCUUUCGGGUAAGCCGGGCAUCUCGUUCGAGGCCAUCGCUCGCGCAGCCUACGAUGAAGGCCGCACGCGCCUCGCCACGGAACUGCUCAAUCAUGAGCCCCGGGCAGGUCGGCAGGUACCGCUGCUGCUGUCAAUGGACGAGGGCGAGUUGGCGCUCGACAAGGCUGUCGAGAGCGGCGACACGGACCUGGUGCUGUCAGUCCUCCACGAGCUCCGGCGCAAGCUCCCCCUGGCGUCCUUCUUCCGCACCAUCAAUCGGCGGCCCGUCGCGACGGCACUAGUCGAGGCCGCCGCCGUGCGCGAGGGCGACAACGCCCUGCUCAAGGACCUCUACUACCAAGACGACCGCCGCCUCGACGGCGCGAGCGUGUUCCUGCGCGAGGCCAUCCAGCAGCCAGACGCCCGCACCGCCGGGGACAAGAUGGCCCUCGCCGCCCGCCUGCUGAGCGACAACGCCCGCGAAAGCGCCUCGGAGCUGCGCGCCAUUAAGGAGGCCGCCACCCUCCUGCGCAUGCAGGAAGCCUUUGACCGGGACCUCACCGACUCCUUCACGGGCCUGAGCGUCAAUGAGACCAUGUUCAAGCUCAUCCGACUCGGGUACCACGGCCGCGCCAAGAAGAUCCAGAGCGAGUUCAAGGUCCCGGAGAGGGUCGCUUGCUGGAUCAGACUGCGCGCUCUCGUCGCCAAGCGUGACUGGAAUGAGAUUGAAGAAAUUUCCAAGGCUCGAAAGAGCCCGAUCGGAUGGGAGCCAUACUUCAACCUCGUCCUCCAAGCCGGCAAUCCCCGCCUCGCGUCCGUCUUCAUCCCAAAGUGCACCAACCUCAAGGACGCCACCACCAUCGUCAUGUACGAAAAGUGUGGCAUGCGCAUCAAGGCGGCCGAGGAGGCCGUUCGCCUCAAGAACAGGGACGAGUGGGUCAGGCUCAUCGAGGCCGCGGGGAAGAACACGACCGAAGGGCGCGAGAUUGAGCGCGUAGGGGCCGCGGCUUUCAAGAGGGGGGUUUGA